AUGGAGAAAUAUUUCAAAAGAAAAUCAACAUCAGAAUCUCAACAAGUUAAUGAAAUGGAAAAUACAUCAACACAACAAAUAGGGCCAUCCUUUAAAAAAUUAUUCUUAGAUGUUGAUUUGGAAAAUCUUCCUGCUGAUCCUGGAGAGAGAAAUCAAAUAUGUUGUGUUAUCAUCCAAACGAUCGAGAUGAAAUUCGAAGAGCUUAUCUACAAAAAGGGUCUUGCCAACCAAAGGAGCAUAAUUUUCCGCAAAGACAAUUUGGGUCGUCUUUACAUAGGAGAAAACAAAGGUUGGGAUGCAUUUGUGACCGAAGGAUUUUCAAACUGGAAAAAGAAAGAGAGGCUCAACAUCCAUCUUGGAGGCCCUAAUAGUGCUCACAAUCAUGCUUGGAGAAAAUGUAAUGCACUGAUGAAUCAAAAACAGCAUAUUGAGUUGGGGAUAGCAUUUCGCGGUGAUGAUGAAUCAGUGAACUCAAAGAGAAAAGGUAAUUUUCUCGAGAUUCUACAUUUUCUUACUAGUCACAAUGAAGAGAUUGAUAAAGUAUUGAGACAAUGUCGUGGGAAUCUCAAAUUAGUGGCACCUGACAUUCAAAAAGAUAUUGUGAAAGCCGUUGCUCGUGAGACCUCAAAAGCUAUUAUUUGUGAUAUUAAUGGUUAUUUGUUCUCCAUUUUAAUUGAUGAAUCUCGAGACAGUUCGGUUAAGGAGCAAAUGUCUCUUGUUUUACGUUAUGUAGACAAGAAAGGGCAUGUCAUUGAGAGGUUUUUUGGUGUUGUCCAUGUUGCAAAUACAAGUGCUAUAUCUUUAAAGUUAUCAUUAGAGUCACUAUUUGCAAAGUACAAUUUAAGCUUGUCAAGAGUUCGUGGACAAGGAUAUGAUGGAGCUAGUAAUAUGCAAGGCGAAUUUAAUGGCCUGAAAAGAUUAGAAAGUGGAGAAAUUUCUAGUGGUCAUGGCUUGAAUCAAGAAAGCACACUAACAAGAGCUGGAGAUACUAGAUGGGGUUCACAUUAUGGUACAUUAUUGAGGUUAGUUUCUUUGUUUCCUUCUGUGUGUGAUGUGCUUGAUACAAUUGUGAAAGAAGGCUCAAAAGCAGAACAAAGAGUUGAAGCCCAUCUAUUGAAGAAUACUUUGCAAUCUUUUGAGUUUAUUUUUAAAUUGCUUUUGAUGAGAAAUAUAUUGGGAAUUACUAAUGAUUUGUCUCAAGCAUUGCAAAGAAAAGAUCAAGAUAUUGUAAAUGCUAUGACAUUUGUUAAAGUGUCAAAGGCAAGAUUGCAAAACAUGAGAGAAGAUGGUUGGUGUAAUUUACUUGCUGAAGUGACAUUGUUUUGUAAGAAGAAAGAUAUUGAAAUUGUAAAUAUGGAUGAUGUAUUCACAUUACAUGGGAAACCAAAGCGUAAUGUUGAAAUAGUUUCAAACUUGCAUCACUUUCAAGUUGAAGUAUUUUAUAAAGUGAUUGAUAGACAACUUCAAGAGCUUAAUAACAGAUUUACAGAGGUGAAUAGUGAAUUGCUUAUUUGUGUCGCAAGCUUAAAUCCACAAGAUUCAUUUUUUGCAUUUGACAAGGAAAAAUUGAUUAAUAUGGCUCGAUUUUAUCCGUCGGAAUUUUCUUCUGUGGAGCUUAUUGGACUCGACAAUCAACUUGAAAAUUAUAUCAUGGAUGUUCGUUCUAGUGAACAAUUUUCUAAUUUACAUGGAAUUAGUGAUCUUUCAGGAAUGAUGGUGGAAACUAAAAAACACAUUGCUUAUCCAAUGGUUUAUUUACUUCUAAAGUUGGCAUUACUUUUGCCUGUGGCAACUGCAACAGUUGAAAAGAGUUUCUCAGCAAUGAAUUUUGUGAAGAACCAAUUGCGCAACCGUAUGGGGAUGACUUUCUGA